CGUUGACAUAUAUUUUGGGAAUUUCAUUUUCCUACGUAAUAUCUUUCUCAAAUAUUCUAUAAAUUUUAUCGUUUCUCAUAAUGGAUGCUUACAGUUUGGUGACAAAAGGUAACGGCCUCAAGGGGCACAAAACAAUCACUCACGGGACAGCUUAUACUCAAAAACAUGAAAUGGAGUGUGAUUCACAAGAAGCGCGAAUAUCACCUCCUAAGUCAAUCAUCGAUUCCAGCCCUCUACAGGCAGCUAUGGACAAGAAUAAAGAAUCUUUAAAAGUAAAACUCCUUGUCAGAAGAACGGUAAACCAACUGGUAGAACAAGGAAUAAUGCCUUCUCUGAAAACAUCUCCAGCAAUUUAUGAGCAACAGCGGCAACUUGAAAGGGCCAAAACUGGCGAUUUGCUCAAAGCUAAAAUAAAACAAAGACCGGAUAGAAUAGAGCUCGAAAGGCGACAUAUUUUGGAACAUCAGGAAGGCAAUAUUGACCCCAGUCUGGCGGAAAAAAAAAGAAUGUUAGAAAAAGCUUUGUUAGUAGAUCAUCUGAAUUCUAAGAUAUCCCAUCGACCAGGGCCAUUGGAACUAAUUGAAAAAAAUAUACUGCAUGCAGAAGAGCCAAUAGAACGAAUAGUAAAAGAGGGCCUUGUAAACUACACGUCUACUGAUGAAGCUGCAUCGUUAUUAAGCCCGGAAAGCAUGGUUUGCAUUGAAGAAGAUUCUUUGAGUUCCGAAGGUGAAACCCAGAAUUUGCAUAAAAUUGGGCCUAUUAAUGUAGUAUUCUUAGCACAGCCGCAAGGAACAAUAGCUGUGGAUACUCUAAUAGCUACGUCAUCGUUUGAGCUGGACCCUUUGAAUGGUGAAUCAGGAAAAUCGAAUAGUUGUAACACGCUGGUAGGGUCUGAAAUAUGUGCCAGAAUAGAAAAUACUAUCGAAGGCUCUAGAAAAAACAACUGCGGUUCAUUGAAAGCUGAUAUAAAAGAAAAGAGUAAGAAAAAAAAUAAACAUAAAGCUAUAUCUAAGGCUCGCUCAAUCAAAUUUCACGAAUAUAAAGGACCCCCGAAUGCACACAAGCAUUCAUCCAUGCCACAUGAAAAUGGGGAGACAAACUAUCAGCUUAUAAUGAAGCAGCAAUAUUUGCUAGAAUAUUUAGAAGAGAUUUGCAAACAUCCGCCGGUGUUACCAGCGAGUUCUAAAAUGUCAUUUUCUGCUCUGGCCAAGGAGAAGGAUACAAGCUCAUCCAUUCAAGGAAAUGAACCGACCUCAUCCUUAAAAAUGCCUCCAGAUCCGAUAACUGAAGUUCUGAAUAAACUGAAAGUUUUUCAAUUGAAACGUUACUGUAAAAAGUAUAAUUUACCAGUAUCCGGAUCAAAAUCGACCCUUGUUGAUCGAUUGAAACCUUAUUUGCAUCUAAUGGAAAUAAAUCGUGAUUUCGAAGGAAAAAAUGACGUAGAGGUGCUAGCCGCUGGAAGCUCGCCUAUACAGAAAAAUAAUGAAGCGGUUGAAGAAAAUCUUUUAAAAGAACAACAAAAACGAAUUGCAGAACUUCAAAAACAAUUGAAAAAGAGUCAAGAAGAGUUGGAACAGAUAAAGCUAAUACAAAUGCAUUCUCACCAGGACUGUACGACUAAGCUGCUAAACCAUAGUGCUGAUGUACUUAUGGAGCCCAAAACAGAAACAGUUAUAUCGAACGACUAUAGAAAUGAUGGAGAUAAUAUAACACCAAUGCAUACAGGAAACAUUCUAUCCGAUAUGGAUAUUAAGAUUACAGUACAUAUUGAUCCUAAUUCUGCAACUAAUGACAUGCGUCCUAAAAUCGAUCAAGAAUUUACUAAUAACGAAAUACUUUUAAAUGUUAUAGACCAUCAGCACAGCGAAAUAGAUACUAAUGAAACACAUCAAAAACAAUGGAGAGCCCAUGCUGUUAAUGACAGUAUUAUUUCAUGCGGCAGUAAUUCGUCGGAAAAAAUGGAGGAGUUUGCGUCUAAUAACGAGACUCUCGAUAAAUUGUUGGGGCAAGUUCAGCCAGGUAUUCCAAAUUCAAUCGAUAAAAAUAAGCAAGGCUUUAAGCCUGCUGAUGUUAUUUCAAUUCCGAUCAGUGAUAUGACUAGUUCCGUCAACAGUAAGUCAUUAGACGAUUGCAAUUUGCAUAGUCCCUUGGUUUUGAAUGAUUACAAUGAUGUAAAUUUAUUAGAUUUCCAUAUGCACAUUGAUGAUACCUGCGAUAAUGGACUUGUAAUUCCUCAUCCAGAGGUAACGCAGUUUUCAAAUAUACCAAUUAAGCAGUCGGUUCUCAAUAAUGAUAAUUCGAGGAAAAUUCGCUUCGAGACUAAUAUUGGUACUGAUAGCAAUAAUUCUUUACAUGAAAGUGGGACAGAUAAAGAUAUUUUCAGCAAUUUUGAUGGUCUCCAUUUUGUAAACAGUGAAAUCUAUUCUCAUCAUCGUAAUGGGAUGGACAUGCAAGACUCACAAAAAUCUAAAAUAACCGAUGCUGUGCAUGAUGUCAACAAAAACUAUAGUACCAACUGUCCGGAUUCAACGAAUUGUUUGCUUGACUCGCCCCAAAAUCAAAUAAUACGAUUUCCAUUGUUGCCUAGUACGUCGUCGAAUGCCAAACGAUUGGGUUGGCUUUCUUGCAACUCUCAUUAUGAUAGUAAUAAAAGAAAACAAAUUCAAACCGAUAGCUUGCAUGAAAAUGACCAGGUUAUUGGAAAUCGCCUAAAUAUGUCACAAGAAAAACAAAAUCUUGUCAGGUUUAGCUUUGAUGAUACAGAAAAACGUAAUAGGCAUGAAAUGUCUGUUAGUUUUAACGGCAACAACAAUGUACAAGUCGGCCAUGUCAGUCCAAUGGAUUUUGAUAGCUUACUCUCAAACAUUGAUCUAUCAAUAACAAAUCAGAAUUGUGAUCGAGGAUUACUUGAUGGAAGUCAGGAAAAACUGUUAUAUGAACUUCAGCCAAAUAGUUUACUUGAUUACUUAAAUGAUGAUUUCGGUAUGCAAAAUGAUUCAAUAACAUGCGAAAUAAAUCAUACCAGUUACUAA